AGGAGCGAAGGGACGGAGACUGAUUCAUUCCAAUGCUGCGAUACAAUCUGCGGGUGAAACUGUUCUGUGAUAUGUGACCCAAAGUCUGGGACGACCCCUUCACCGCCCUCAUUCGUUAAUCGCCAUGGUGCCCCCCGCCUUGCAUGAAGGGUUCUGCAGCCCUCGAGGCAGGACUUGUUGCUCUCAGGUGGGACACGUGGAGUUGUUGGAGAGCUGGGAAACGCAGGGGAACAAGCUGAGAUGCGAGCAAGACCUCCUGCUGGCCAAGGUUCCCUCUCGCUUCCACCACCUUGAGGAAGUGGCCGAGCUGGAUGAUAUCUUCAGGGAGGUGUAUCCUCUGAUCCGGCAGUACGAGACGGAGAACGCGCUAGCAGACGAGCACAAGGUGCUGGAGUUCAGGACGCCAGCGGAGCUGAAGGAGGAGGUGGACGUGGGGCUGCCUGAGGAGGGAUCUGUGGAGAAAUUUGUCGAGGGAUGCAGAAGCUCUAUGAAGUACAGCGUCCGAACGAGUCACCCGCGCUUCAUGAACCAGCUCUAUGCUGGCAGCGACCCGGCAGGGCAGGUGGCAGAGCUGCUCAGUGCUGUGCUGAACACCACCAUCCACACGUACGGGGCAGCUCCCUUCUUCUCCGUGCUGGAGCGGCAGGUGAUCGAGAAGCUGGGGAGGAUGCUGGGGUUUCAGGAGCAUGUCGACGGCGUCUUUGCCCCCGGAGGCUCGUACGCGAACAUGGUGGCGCUGAUAGUUGCGAGGAACCAGCACUUCCCUCAUGUGCGGGAGCAUGGCUGGAGGAGCGACGACAAACCUGUUAUCUUCACUUCUUCCCAUGCUCACUACUCUGUCGCCAAGGCUGCCAUGAUCACGGGGAUGGGGUCGAAUCAAGUGGUCGCUGUGCCUACGGACGAGCAGGGAAGAAUGCAGCCUGCAGCGCUGGAGGAGGAGAUUAUGCGAGCAAAGGAGAGCGGACGGAAGCCUUUCUACGUGAGCUGCACGGCAGGGACGACAGUGACUGGGGCGUUUGACCCGAUUGACGAGAUCUGUCAGAUAUGUAGAAGGCAUGAGAUGUGGCUGCACACGGAUGGCGCGUGGGGAGGAGCUGCAAUAUUCUCGGAGGAGCACAGAAAUCUUCUACGAGGAGUUGAGGGCGUCGAUAGCUUCUGCUUGAAUCCGCACAAGAUGCUGGGGGUCCCGAUGCAGUGCUCCGUGCUCAUCCUCAACAACCACGAGGGGCGCUCGAGAGGAGCAACAGAGGAAGAGAGCUUGGAUCUCGGGCAGAAGUCGCUGCAGUGCGGAAGGAAACCUGAUUGCCUAAAGCUCUGGCUCUGCUGGAAGCGACAUGGAACCCGCGGGUUUGCAAGGAGGGUAGAUCGCGCGUAUACCUUCUCGCAGAAGUUCGCAGAAAUGGUCAGAAGGGACCCCAGGUUCUACCUGCUGAUGGACCCGAUCUCCUGCAACGUCUGCUUCUUCUACCUCCCUCCCUCCCUCCGGCAGCAGCUGGUGGACAGAAACCUCAACGACUUGGAAAAGGAGGAGGCGCAGCGGCAGCUCAAGGAGUUCCAUGCUCGACUCGGUCAGGUUACUCAGAUCAUCUACAGGAGGAUGCAGAAAGACGGCAAGAUGCUCAUCAACUUCAGCCCUCUUAAAGACAGAGAUCUGCCUCACUUCUUCCGAGCCGUCAUGAUCCAGCAGAGAGUAACGGAAGACGAUCUUGUUUUCAUCCUCGAUCAUUUUGAACAUCUGGGAAAGGACCUCUAG